UCCCGCCUUUUCCUUCUCCCUGUGGCUCGCGCGGCCGUCGACCGCUGCGCUCAGGGGUGGAGCUGGGGAAGCGGCGGCGGCGGGGCGCGAUCCCUGUGCCUUUGGGACCCUGGUUCUCAUGCUGCUGGGCCUGGGGACAUGGAAAAAGAAAAGCCCUUUAAACUGUUCGUGCCACCUAGGCUGAGCAGCAGCCAAGUGUCUGCGGUGAAACCUCAGGCGAGCGCCAGGGACGAUGGAUCUUGUCAGGUUUUUAACAAGUGCACAGAAGAUUAUUUUAGUUUGCCUUUUGUAAUGACAAGUACACCAAGCCAUGGUGAAGUCACAGAUCCAGAUCCUGUUUCACAGAAAAUAAAUUUUUUGCCUGGGGUAGAAGAAGAGAAUAUAGAAACAAUGCAUGAGCUUUAUUCAAAACUCUACAAAGAAGCUGAAAAGAUCAAGAGGUGGAAAGUGACAGUAGAAUCUGAACUGAAGCAGAAGGAGAAGAAAUUGCAAGAAAAUAAAAAGAUUAUUGAAGCACAACGUAAAGCUAUUCAAGAGUUACAAUUUGAAAAUGAAAAACUAAGUUUGAAAUUGGAAGAUGAGAUAUGUGAAAAUAAAGAUCUUCUACAAGAAAACAGUGCAACAAGACAUUUGUGUAAUCUGCUCAAGGAAACCUGUGCUCGAUCCACAGAGAAGUCCAACAAAUAUGAACAUGAAAGAGAAGAAACCAGACAUCUAUAUAUGGCACUUAAUAAUAAUAUCGAGAGAACGAUAUUGGCUUUUGAAGAACUUCGUGUGCAAGCCGAGAACUCCAGAUUGGAAAUGUGUUUUAAAUUAAAAGAAGCAGCAGAAAAAGUAGAACAGCUUGAAAAAGAAUACAAAAUGGAAAUAAAUGUCAAGGAAAAGCAGCUAUCAGUUUUGACUGUGCAAAGUGGUGAAAAAGACAAUAAAAUGAGAGACAUCACAGUUCAGUUGCAAGAAUCAAGGGAUAAGAUUAUUGAUUUAGAAGAAGCAACAAAACAACAAAAAGAAAUGUUAAAAGAAUCAGAGAGCAAACAGGAACAUUUGAUGGGAAAACUGGAAGAAGCUAAAGUUUUGCUGCAAAAAACAGAGACUGUUCAGAAGAGUUUAGAAACCGAAUUACGGACUGCAAUGAAAACCUUAAUUGAAGUCACUGUAGAAAAAGAAGCACAAAUGGAAGAACUUAAAGAAACUAGGGCUUUGCAUGCCUCAGUGGUUGAAGAAUUUGAAAUUACUGUUUCGAAUUUGAAAGAGUUGUUGAAAAGAGAACAAAAUAGAUUGAAGCAACUUGAAGAAGAGUCAGAAAUACUUGCCUCAGAGCUCCAAAAUAAAUCUGUUGAACUGGAAGAGAUGACCAAACUAAAAAGUGACAAAGAAACACAACUUGAAGAUCUGACAGAAGCCUUGGUAAAUAUAAAUUGUCCUAGAUGUUAAUAGUCUAAAGCAGUGGUUCUUAACCUCUACUGCAGCUUGCACCCCUUUGGUUCUCAAAAAUAUGU